CUGGCGGUAAUCCUCGUUUGACCAUUUCGAGCCUUAUAUUUCCUGUAGCAGUACCACGCUAGCACUCUUCAUGAUUAACUCAUUUUUGUCUGUCUCCAUCAUUAUUGUGUAUUUUCGUGAAAUAUUAUCGUUUUAGCUAUAGAAAGUAUUGUUCUUCCUUCCUUUCUAUUGUCAUACACGACAAUAAAUACAAAUGGAAGGUUAUUACAGAUAAUUCACUGUAUUUCCCAAAGCCAGCCCUCCAUUAGGUUAAUUUGUUAUUGUUCGGAGCAACGAGCUUCCACUUCAAGUUAAGAGGGGUUUUAUGGCAUAUAAUAAUUAGUGGAGAGCUGAAAAUAGUGCCUCAGCCAUUGACAGAAAUUUUCGUCAAUGGGGAUCAACUGAAAUUGUCACUUGGCAUGCUAUUAUGUUUAUAUGGAGCAAACAGUUUAGAACAGUCAACUUUCUAUAUUGCUCAUUUCGGCUUUAUUUUUAGUAACAGACUUACGCCUGGCAGUUAAUUUCUGAAGUUUUCAUUUUUAUUGAUAUAAAAACUUUCAAACUUUUUUUUCUUAUUUUUUUUCUCCCAUGUAAUGAUAAAGUAUUGAAAUUUUAAAAGGAAACGGCAAAAGCAGGAGAUAUAAGUAUAUGAAAACAACGCUUGAUGAAGUUUUAUUUGCAUUUAGUAAUUUUCUUGGAGUGAUUAGACACCAGAUAGUGUAGAUUCAACAGCAUUUAGAAUUCAGACAUUGGUAUAUAUGAAGAACCUGAUGUACAUCAUGAUGUAAUGAUAGUCAACAAAUGUUCAUACAACAUACAUGAAUGGCCGAAGAAUGACAGAAAUAGUGUACAGAAAUCACGAAACCAGGGGUUGUAAGUUUGAGCCGCUUGCUCCUCCAACUUAAAGAUUACUAACAUUGCGGUAAGAAUUUGGUAUUACACCUGGCAGUUGCUAACGAACCAGGAAUGCUUUCGGAAUUGAUGCGACUUUUAUAUUUUGCACUAUCCUCCCACUAACAUUCUUGGAGGAGUCACCCAUAUUGGUUACUGGUGGCGAUUGUUAUUAAGCUUACAACAGACAAGCAGUAGUCUACAGCGUAUUUCAGGAUAUACAUGAAAGAACUACUGACAUUGAAGCAUCCAGUAUCGGUAAGGUCAUAUAUUGCAGACGAAAAAAUUUCGAUAUGAUUUUGUGGUAACAUGAGCAGUGACAGUAUUGCUUUUAAUAUUGUCGCAUAUUAGUAUUCCAUUUCAAAAUAUUAUAUCUGGUCCUAAAGAGAAUGACUAGGUAAAGUGGUUGAAUGUACAACUUUUCUCGUUACGUGCUAAUUUUUUUCCUGAUCAGUUAGGUAUUGUCUCUUCAUUGUUUUAAUUUUUUCCUUUUAAAAUGUACGAUCAAGCAUGUAGAUUAAUUGUUUGUUACAAUUAAAAAGGUUUGUUAAAUAGUUCAUGAGCAUUGUAUACGGCUCAUUUAAGGCUCGUCAGAAGGAAAAAUCACGUAGAUCUCACUGGUUUUCAAUGCUGCGUCUAUUUAUCUCUAAAUCUAAGAUUGCUUGCCUCGUGCCCUUUUUCAAUAUGGAAAAAACUGGGUCACAUGUGAGACAAAACUAUGUUUUAUGGUUUCAUUAAAAAAAUCGCAUAGUUUUGUCAAAGCAGAUCGUGAAGUUUAUACUAUCUCAUAGAUUUAAAAUAACACAAUUUUUUUACAAAAUAGUUGUGAAUAUUUAUUAUGUUUUUGUAAAUAUAUCAUUUAUGAUUGAGGAAAAGUUUCCUGGGUAUUUUAUUUGUAAUUAUUUCAUCCCUUAUUGUGCUAAAUAUGCAUAUCUGUAAUUGGCCAAAGACAGUAAUGUGAAAACAUGCAUGAAAUUCAUGAUAACAUCUGCGGUGAUUUUUUAAAAUGGGGAUUGUCUAUCACUUCGUGAUAGAUUGUUACGCUUCAGGGACCAUUUUGCUAUGCCUACCCCAAAAUGCUCAGUGAAAAAAAACGCUAAAUUCUGGUACAUUUAUUUAAAGUUUUCUCGGAGAAUAUGAUAUUAUAAAAUUAGGAUAUGGAAUAUCGGCUUAAAAUAUUUUGGAUAUAAAUUUUGUACACAGUUCGUUAUUAGUGGAUCUGGUUAUAACAUAAAUUUUGAAUGUUGACAUUUGACAGAUGAGAGUAUUACAGGAAUUACAACCAGUGAACUGCAAUCAUCCAAGUCCGUCAUUGAAUCAAGUCGAAGAAAACUCAUCUAGUCAUACAUCUACAGAUUCUAAAGACGGUUACACGGAAAUUACUCCAAAUGGCACCACUGAAGGUGAUAUACCAUCCCUGGUCACUACAGGGGAUUCUGUGCUGCAGGCUGGUGAGCCGUGGGUAAUGUCAGGAGUUGCUGGCCCACUCACAGUAAUUACUAUAAAACCAAGUCUUGGUGACACGUCUAUGACUGGUUCCCCCCUCUCACCAGGAGAGGUUAUAACGAUUCCAAUAGACUGGUUCACAGGUAGAGGUGAUCCAAACAAAACAUUGGCAGAUCUUCAUAAUCCAAACUUUAUUGCAAAUUUUUUAAAUAGUUCUAGAGCCGUAGCUUACCCACAUAUUGUUCAAGUUCCUACUAGUGACACAGCAGCAUCAUCAUCAUCCUCAUCAGAAACAGCGAACGAAGGUACCUCAGAAACAAACGUUACCCCCUCAGCUUCGGCAACAAGUGAAACAGAGCGGGUAGACAGUGAAACUCCCACCACAAUGCAGGCAUACAGCCAGAAUGCGGCUGCGCAGUUUGGGGCUUUCUACAACAGCCCCACUGCUCAGAGUUAUAUACCUCCAUACCAGUCAUCAGCAGACAUAAAGUCAAUAAAGAUGAACACACAAUACCCAGGAUAUGGUGCCAACUUUGCCCAGGCAGGUCAAGCAGGCUUUCCAUACAGUCCUGGCUCAUUUCCCGGUACAGGAAACAGCACAACAUCAUCAUCAGUAUAUUCACCACAACAACAGGCGACUAUAGACAGUUACUACAGCCAGUAUAGCAAUGCAGCAGCUAACGCGUAUUAUCCGUACCAGUAUGUUCCGACAACCCUCUCAGGGACCACGACAGCCGUGCCUUCGAAUAAUUCACAAACCUAUGUGUUAGAUCUACCCCCAGCAAACAUGGCCACAGCUACUAGUAGUGUUCAGGGGUCACACAUGGAUCUACAGUCACCCUCCAAUUCCACAGGUGACAGUGGGGGCCAGUACACUAUACCAACCAGUCCAUCACCGCCUUUAGAUAGAGCUAGACAAAAAGGUAGUAAAAAUCGUCAAGGUCGGCGGCAAAACCCUUCACCAAGUCCGGAGUCUGAUUUAGAACGUGUUUUUAUAUGGGAUCUAGAUGAAACAAUAAUCAUUUUCCACUCAUUACUAACAGGAUCCUAUGCUCAAAGAUACGGAAAGGAUCCACAGGCCUCAGUUCAACUAGGUUUACGGAUGGAGGAGAUGAUCUUUAGUUUAGCAGAUACUCAUUUAUUCUUUAAUGAUUUGGAGGAAUGUGAUCAAGUACAUAUUGAUGAUGUGUCAUCUGAUGACAAUGGACAAGAUUUAAGUACUUACAAUUUUGCUGCUGAUGGUUUCCGACAAGCAGCAACAAAUGCCAAUUUGUGCCUAGCAACGGGUGUACGUGGUGGCGUAGACUGGAUGAGAAAAUUAGCGUUCAGAUACCGACGAAUAAAGGAAUUGUACAAUACUUACAGAACUAAUGUUGGAGGUGUUAUAGGACCACAGAAACGUGAUCAGUGGGUUCAACUACGUCAAGAAAUUGAGAAUCUUACUGACAACUGGUUAACUCUCGCCCUCAAAUCACUUAGUAUCAUCAACUCAAGAUCAAACUGUGUGAAUGUACUAGUCACAACAACCCAGUUAGUGCCUGCCCUAGCUAAAACCUUGUUGUACGGCCUUGGUGGUGUAUUUGCUAUAGAAAAUGUCUAUAGUGCUACAAAAAUAGGUAAAGAGUCUUGUUUUGAGAGAAUCGUGUCACGAUUUGGAAAGAAAUGUACAUAUGUUGUCGUAGGUGAUGGUCGGGAUGAGGAAGCUGCCGCAAAACAAAUGACCUGGCCUUUCUGGAGAAUUUCAAAUCAUUCCGACUUAGCGGCACUGCAUCAUGCGCUAGAACUGAGCUACCUCUAGAAGAAACAGACAGAACGUUAUUUUCUCAUUGCUUACAUGCUGCUUUUCAUAGCAACAUUGUGACUGCUAUUUUAUAGCAAUAUACUGCUAUAUAUAGUAAUUUAUGAACCUGUUCCUGUAUUUAUGGUUAGGUCAGUCCACGGAUAGUCAUGUUAAUGAAUUCCGUGGACUCGGAAUUAACCGACCGAUGACAGUGCUGGAGGCCAUGUUGUUGGAAAAUGUUUUACUAGAUCGUGCAAAAUCAGUGGUUUUAUUUUCUGACAUAGCGAUGUUAAAAACUAUGAGAUUAUGUAUUUGUCAGAAGCUUGAACGAAAGUAUGACAGUAAAAGACAUACACAGGUACAUGCAAGGAGCUGGCCGAAUGAAAGUGUGUAAACUUGAGCAGAAAAUAAGAAAAUCUUGUGAAAGUAGUGAAAGGAGACACUUCAAAUAAAUGGAAAUGUGAUAGGUAACGGCACGAUCUAAUGGAAAGAAGUACAAUGUGUGGGCAAACCGACAUGUUUUAAACACGCUAUUUUCCUGCGUGUUAAUAUAAACCGAACAUUCAGCAUUAAAUACUUUGUGUGUGACGAGUACAGUUGAAUUUACACAUUGUGUCACAUCGUCACUGUGGUUUUUGCAGUAAAUGUGUAUAUUUGAAGAUUUUGUGUGUACAUAAUCCGCAAUGGAAAGAAGUCAGGAACGUGAACAUUUACCACAGAAUUUCUGUUUUUGAGUGAUUUAAAUCUAUCUAUAUAUAUAUAUGUAUUGACACAUAUAUAUAUAUAUGUAAUAUAUAUAUUGUUGAGACGUGCCAUUUUGUUUAUGUUUUGUUUGUUUCAUAUAUAUAUAUCUUAUCUGCACUUUAUUUAUCCAGACGGUAAUUAACCACUUUUAAUAGGAAAAAUGAAAUGUACAGCUGCGCAGGAUUUCAUGUCACUUUUACAUAUGCAUGAAAAAUUUGUUUCUACAUUUACAUAAUUAUUGAUGAAUUUUGAAAUUACAGUUCCUACUCACCAGUAGAAUAGGCUGAUCUGUUUAUGCUUUAAGUUCACACUGCAUGUAUUUUUUAUACAAGAUUUAGCUCUUUAUAAUGAUUUUUUAAAACUUUUUUAUAUCUUGAUUUAUGUUUUAGACAGUAUUGAUACUUACUUAAUUUAGAGUUAAAUCAGAUGAAAAAAAAACUGUAUUUACCUCUGAAAAUACAUGUAACAAUAAAAAAUUUAACAGCUGUUUUACUAAACUUUAUUGUUUAUCAGUAUUUAAUAGAAGUGAUUUUAACUACAAGAGAUUGGUGUACAUUCAUCAGUAUUGGGUUGUUACGGUGUGUGUUGCAAAAUACAGUGCCAUUUUCUGACACGUGCAAUUCUAAUAGGAUAAGUAAAUGUUCGUACCAUGAAUAAAACUGUCACUGCCUCUUUUGGCUAUUCAAUUUGGAACAAUGUAAAACAGUAUAUUCAAUUGCAAUUUUUUGUACUCUGUUUUGUUAUGCAAUGGCUAUUUAUUUAGUUAGGAAUAUGCACUAUUUUGUUCCGCAAAACAAUUUGAACAUAUUGUUGUUCACAAUUCAAAAUAUCAGACAUAUUUUUUUUUAGCAAUUUUAGGUUCUGCUUCGUUGAAUGAAGGAUCAUGUGAAAAUUUUAACAAUCAAAUGUAAGAAAUAUGGCAUCCGUUUAGUUUGCUCUGACAUGUAUUUUAAUUUUCUUUUGUUGCCAGUUUAACAAAUUGACCAUUCAAAAUCCAGAGCCUUUAUUUUUGCGACUUCAUUUUUUUUCUUAUUUUUUCAAGAAAAUAUUGAUUUUACUUCUGCUGACAAAGAAAGUUCUUGUAAAUUUGUCCUCUUGAAUGGUGAUAAGCUAUAUUACACAUGAUAAAAUGUGAAGCAACUCUGAAAGCUCAUCUGUUUCUCUGAAGAAGGAAAUCCUGUUUUAUGCAUAAAACUUUAUAUUGCAACUGAAAUAGUACUGGAAACUUAAUUACCUCAAACUGAAUUCAUAACAAAAUGGCCUUACCUUGUGAAUGUCUUUUGUUAGCACCAAAGACAAAGUGUUUUAUUUUUUUAUCUUUUAUGCAACUCCUUGUUUCAUUGCAAACAUAUUAUAUGUGCAAAAUAUCAAAGGUAACAAACAGUGUGAGCUCAAACUGAUGUCAUUAUCAUAGACUUAAUCCAAUGAACAAAUAUAAAACACUUGAGUCCUCCGAAAAAUACACGGAGAUACUUUUUUUUGUGAUUUCAUACAUAUAUUCAUUUUACAUAUCAUAUUUUACCAUAAUGUUUUAUUUCUUAAUGUAUUUUACUACUAAUAAUGCCAUGAUGACAGAAUACAUCAAAACGAUACAGUAACUUCAAAGUUUGCAAUAAAAAGUAUUAUCAUAAACACUCGGAGUGUGUUUUAGUGCACUUAGCAGUUUUAAAAGUGCACAUUCCGUUUUGAAAUAAAAGUAAUGAAAUAGUUAUUGAGAUAAUUCUGUUAUUAUUUCUUCAAAAUGUAUUCUGUUGCCAUGGCAUUACUGUGACCACCAAUAUUUUUGUUAAAUUCAGUAUAAUUGUUCUGUCAUACGUCCAUAUUAUACAUCAUUACAAAUAAUUGGUCAUAUGACAUGACAUUCGUCCUCUUUUUACUUUGCAAGUAGCUGCAUUCAGCACCAGUAACAUACUGCCACCAGAUUUCCUAGCAAAUUUUUCAUGAUCAUAUACAGUGGCACCAUUAACAAAAUUUGUCUGGGGCUAGUUGAGACAUUUUCAUAUAUCUCAUGUAUUGCAUUCUGGUUGUGAAUGUAUUUGCUGUCCACAAUUACAAUGUGCAACACUUUUCUCACAUUUUGUUUCUGUAUUUUGUAAUGUUCCAGUUCUCCUCACUUUAAAGGUCAGUUUUAUUGAAUGGUGCAAUUAUAGUUUUGAACUAUCAUUUUUCUUCUCAAAUUUUUAGUUUUAGAAAAUUCAAAUAGAUUCCAACAGUUUUAUUGGAGUGUAGAAGUGUAGAAUGACCCAAGAAAUUUUUAGAGCUAGGCAAGCAUCUCUCUAUCUAUAUUCAUCAAUGUUUCAAACUUAGUCUUGAAAUGUGGAAAAAAUUCAAGUUUCUCUUACUGUCUUACAAAUGCCUCUGUACUGCUGAAAUUUUGCUUAGUUCUUUGACUUUGAUGUUCUGUAUUUAAGGCAAGUUUCAAUAAACUUUGUACAAAAUUGAUAGUGAGGCCAAAAGUAAUUUUAACAUUUCAAAAUCAUUACUGAAUAUGGAUCUUUAACUGUUAAGUAUUUAUUUCAUCCUUGCAUUGAGUAUCACUGGUAAGAUUUUCUUAUUGUGGGGGAAGCUCAAGUUGUUUAUAAUUUGGAGGCGACAACAACAAAACCCUUCCAUGACUUUAUGAAUCUCAUUGUUUAAAUACCUCGUUAAAAAACAGCUAGCACUGUCCAUUGCACUAAUUCAUUUACACUUCAGUAACCAUUUCUUCAUGUAAUAUCUUCUUUUUUCAUUGGUCCAUGUAUACAGACUUUUACAGUCAAAGUAACGUCUGUGUCCAAGAAGUGAUAGCUUUGCACUUAAGCACCAUGUUAACAACAUGUCUAAGAUUUUUUUUUUAUAAUUUUGCGGCGGACAAUCAGGCCAUCAUCAAUUCAGAAAACUUGAAAGCAUUAUCUUGGUGAGAACAGUAUUUUAGAUACAUGUGUUGCAUCAUGUUGUGGAACAUACCAAAAUUUAUUAAGGUACCGUCAGGCUUGAAAACUUGACCGCAGGUGUUGUUAUAUUUGCAAUAUUUUGUAUAUACGUGCAGAAGUAACUAAAUAUUUGUUUUCCAUUGCUUUUUACCUGUUUGAAGGUGAUAAGCAAUAAUGACUGUAUAAAAAAGGUUGCUUAUUACACCCUCCAAUAUAUUACAGUCAUAGAGUUCAUUUGAAAAAAGUACACAAGCAUUCGUUUUAUUUUCUUAUGGGAAAUGAUUUCGUAAAUAAAGUUUGACAGUUAGUGGAUAGAGAUUAUUCCAUUUAUCUGAACUUUCAUCUAUAUUAGCCUUGAUCUCAAGAUAGUAGAAACUCCUUUACCUGCUAUAUUAAUGUAGUAACACAUUAUCAUCAUUGUUAAGAAUUUAAGGUAGUGGUCUCAUACUAGAAAUCUGCAAUUCCCGUGCGAUUAUGUAUCCUUCGUAUGUGAUUUUGGCAUUUUUCGGACACAACAGAAAAUUAGUUUUCAAAAUCACCGGAGAAUGCCGAAAUCAUGUAAGGAAGAUACGUUAACCCUUACCAUGCUGGACACGAUUGGUUUUGCCUUUGCGAACAGUGCAGAUCAUGAUAAGCCUGCACAUCCAUGCAGUCUGAUCAUGAUCUGCACUGUUUGCCAUUCAGUCAGAAUCUUUUUGGUAAGUACCCCUUUUAACAAUUAAUGGUACUGUCCAAAUUGGACAAGUUCAUUAUAGAAAUUUAGAAAGGCAAGGGUUAACAAAUGAAAAUUGGCGAUUGUCAUUACCUAUCCACUACCUUAAAACUUACUUUUUUGUAAAACGAUAUUGGAGAUUUUAUGUAAGUAAAAUGGCAGAAAAAGUGUAAUUCUCUAUGACAUAUAACUGGUUUGUCUUGUAUUGAGAUUGUGAUCAAGUUGUACAUUUCAUCAUUAAACAUACAUUUUAAAUAUGUGUAUAGUUCAUUUGAAGUAAAAUGGGAUUUUAGAUGUCCUGUAUAUUUUAGUAACCUAUUUCCCAUUUUAAAACUUCAUUGAAUUGACUAUAUUGUAAUUUGACCAAGCUAGGAAAACCAAAGUCCCUUUUAUUAUUAAAGUAUUAUAUAUCUUGUUGUAUUUUAAUUGAAUAUAUUGCUUUUUUGUAAGUGUUUUCUUAAAGGUGCAAAGAAUGGUCAUUCUGAGUACUUGUGAAGUUUAUCUGUUGUUUACGAUUGCAUUUUCAGUUUUAAUCUACCCAAUGUUUCUAUACAACAUGUAUUAUAUGUAACAAACAUUGGGCUGUCAGUUUUUAGACCAGUUUCAAAAUGCAGCCUUGCCAUUGGCUAGUUUCAAGACCUCUCCAGAAUUGGGUGCUCGAGUUAUGUGAACAAAGUCAGGUUUUUGUAACUUGAUAACUUCAUUACUGUAACAUGAAACUCUUGUGUUACAUUAUAGUUACAUAAAUGGUGCGGGCUAAGGUCACAGUAUAUUAUAUUAUUAAUUCUUCAGGUAGAAGUACAUGUAUUGAGUAAAUUGGAAUAAAUAGGAAAUACGAUAUAAAACUGAGCUUUCAUAAACAAUAGAUAGACAAGUUGAUAUUUUUAUGUACAAUCAGUUUUGUGAUUUGACAUUGAGAGAGAAUGGUAACUGGUGUUUUUGUGUCUUAUCAUUUUAUGAAUCAUGAUUACAUUAUGUAUUAUAAUAUUGAAAGGAAGAGAAAAUAAAUAUACUACAAAACUAAA